ACCUCGUUGCCAAGUUGCGUUCAUCAGUCUGAGCCGGUUUUCAGGGGUUUCAGUUUCAGUGAACGGUCGGGCACCGAAGCGCCAUCUAUUCAUAUAAAACUUGGGUCCCGUCUUACUCCUUGCUCCACUUCUGGUCAUUUCUUACUAGAAGGCAAGUUAGCAGUACAAUCACACAAUGGCUGAUCUUAGUGCCAGAGACGUUGAAAGGGCAAAUUUUGUCUUCUCCAUCUACGAUUUUGAAGGCAAUGGCACUGUUGAUGCUGUUAACUUAGGAGACAUGCUCCGAGCCCUCAACCUCAACCCAACAUUGGUUACAAUUGAAAAAUUGGGUGGAACCAAGAAGAAGAAUGAAAAGAAAUUGAAAGUGGAUGAAUUCCUUCCCAUCUUCAGCCAAGUAAAAAAAGACAAAGAACAAGGAAACUUUGACGAUUUCUUGGAAUGUUUGAAACUGUACGACAAGGAAGAGAAUGGUACCAUGAUGGCUGCAGAACUUGCCCACACACUUCUUUCUCUUGGUGAAAGGUUAUCAGAUGCUGAAACAGAAGAAGUGUUAGCAGAUUGCAUGGGACAAGAAGAUGAUGAUGGUUUCAUCCCUUACGAACCAUUCCUCAAAAAGUUGAUGGCGUAAGCAGUUAUAUUUAGAUUUUUUUUAUUUUUAAUCACCUGAAAAUGUGCUGUUUAUCAAUAUGGCUUUUCCAACUCGAACAACGUACCACCAGGAGUCAAACUGAAGACCAAUGAUCAAGUUUCUUGGGCACUGCCACCACCACACCAUCUAUUUAAAAAAAUGCUGAAACGCAAUGUAUUUAUUUUCAAUUAUUUUAUUAUCUUAUGUAAAAAUAUAAAAAACAUUCGUUUAAUAUUGUAUAUUAUGUCCAUAAAUAAAAAAUAAAAUCUUGAAAAAUACAUUCAUUGCAGAACUGAAGUAUUUGGGAAGA